AUGACCAACAGGUGGAUCCUCUACGCUGCGUUCCUGCUGUACUUCUCCACCACAGCCCUCUCCAUCAACUAUGAGCAGCUCCAGUCUCGACAGAGGACGAGCAUUCGGACUUGUCAGGAGCUCCUGGAGCAGCUGAAUAUAAAGAUCAACCUCAGCUACAGGACGAACUUCAAGAUCCCUAUGGAGAUGAUGCACCCAUCACAGAUGGAGAAGAGUUACACUGCUUUUGUCAGCAAAGUGAUGGUCCAGAAUGUCUUUCUUCUCUUCAGAAACAAUUACUCCAGCACUGGGUGGAAUGAGAUUAUUGUUGACCGCCUCUUGAAUGAACUAAACCGGCAGACAGAGUUUCUGAAGACAAUACUAGAGGAAAAGCAAGAGGAAAUAUUGACUUGGGAGACAUCCCCAACUAUUCUACGCUUGAAGAACUAUUACUGGAAGGUUCAAAGGUACCUUAAAAACAUGAAGUACAACAGCUAUGCCUGGGCAGUGGUCCGAGCAGAAAUCUCCAGAAACUUUCUCAUCAUUCUAACACUUACUAGAAACUUCCAGAACUGA